AGAACAAAUACUAUUAUUGAUGCAGGAAAAUAAAUAGAGGUGGGCCUGAUCCAACUACCAUCAGUAAUCCAGUUGACCUGCUAUUGACACCAUGCUCCACUCCAGACUGUUGGUGGCAGUGGCCUGUUUGCUCAUGGCAGCAGGUGUUUCCACAGAGAGCGUGAUCACCUGUGACACUGGCGAAUCUGUCCAACGCCUAUACUGUGAUAGCGGAGUUAUUAGUGUGCAGUCAGUUCUGUACGGACGUGCAAACAAAGAGACCUGCAGUGAGGGCCGACCUGCAGAGCAGCUCACUGACACAGCGUGCUCUCAGCAGGGAACCGUGGGCAUCCUCAGGACAAGGUGUGAUGGAAAGAGUGUGUGUGAAUUAAACACAAACGUGGUCCGUACUUCUGAUCCCUGCUUUGGCACCUUCAAAUACCUGGAGACCAACUACACAUGUUUCCCAGCAAUCCAACUUGUUAUAUGUGAGCAGUCUUUGGAGGACUUAUAUUGUGAUGAUGGGCAGGUUAUACUUGUGUACGGUGCUUAUUUUGGACGCAGUGACCAGACCACAUGCUCUUACAAACGCCCUUCCUCUCAGCUCCAGAAUGUCUAUUGCUCAAGUCCUGCUAGUAAAGUUGCUGAAAGUUGUAACGGGAAAAACAGGUGUACUGUCAAGGCCAUGACAUCUGUGUUUGGGGACCCCUGUGUUGGCACUUACAAGUACCUGCAGGUGGCUUACACUUGUCUAUAUCCUUACUGCGUCAGUAGUCCUUUACAUUCAGUAUGUUUGACAGAGGGAGCAGGAGAGCAGCUCCAGACACCCCAGGGAGCCUCCACUCCGUGUGAGCACUGCUGGCCCCACAGAGCGGCGCCCCAACCCCCAGCCCUCCACUCUCGUCCACACAGCAGGAGGAGACGGAGGGAGCGGGAGAGCAGUUCCAGCCAUCCCAGGGCGCCUCCACGAAGAAGACGACGUGUGAGCACUGCUGGCCCCACAGAGCGAAGCCCCGACCCACAGCCCUCCACGUCUGGUUUACACAACAGGCGGAGACGGAGGGAGCGGGAGAGCAGCUCCAGGGACCCGGAGGAGCCUCCACGAAGAAGACGGCGUGUGAGCACUGCUGGCCCCACAGAGGAGAGCCCCGACCCCCAGUCCUCCACCUCUGGUCUAUAUAACAGGCGGGUGGUGGAGACUGAGUCCGGAGUCCUCCAGGUGCACGUAGACUUUCCGCCUCACCACCGUGGUCUGCCACUCACUGUUUUUAGUGCAGCGGUGGACAUGUUUAUGUCGUGGUUGACGGAGUCUCCAUACAACGCUUGUGUGGAUGGGAGACCUGAGUGGACGGCGCCAUCUUCAGUCUGUACAGGAAAUCACGGAAACCAACCAGACCAAUCCUACAUUGUGACCCCACUAUCCACAGAGAGAGUGAUCACCUGUGGUGACCACGGCAAUGUCCAGCGUCUGAGCUGUGAGAGCGGAGUGAUCAUUGUGCAGUCAGUUCUGUACGGACGUGCAGACAAAGAGACCUGCAGCGAGGGCCGACCUGCAGAGCAGCUCACUGACACACAGUGCUCUCAGAAGGGAACUCUGGACGUCCUGAAGAAAAGGUGUGAUGGGAAGAGUGCGUGUGAAAUAAACAUCGACGUCGUCAGUACUUCUGAUCCCUGCUUUGGCACCUACAAAUACCUGGACACCACCUACGCCUGCUUCCCAGCAAUCCGUACUGUUGCCUGUGAACACUCCUUGGCAAAGCUUCAGUGUGACGAGGGUCAGGUGAUAUUUGUCUACGGGGCUGAUUACGGACGCCAUGAUCAGACCACGUGUAUUUUCGGCCGUCCUGCCAGUCAGAUCCAAAAUGUCAGCUGCUCAAAGGCCGCAACCAGAGUCGCUGAAAGCUGCAAUGGGAAAAGCAGCUGUACUAUCAAAGCAAGCAACUCUUUGUUUGGGGACCCGUGUGGAGGCACUUACAAGUACCUGGAGGUGGCUUACAGAUGUCAGUAUCCCUUGGCUGACUGAUAUCACUGGAGUGGAUAGUAAAGCACCAAUAAAGUGUUUGAUGCCUCUGUUCUAAAGUUCCAGAUGAUUUAAUAAUCACCACUGCAGUUUCAUUUCUUUUCACUGUAACUUUGCUAUACAAAUCACCAGGCCUCGUCUACAUUUAAAUGUUAUGGGUAAUGUUGUUGGGAUUCCUGAGGAUUGUACCUCUCCAGUGUUUCUGUAAUUUCACUGUGCUGCUCUUUUUAAUCGUUCAAGUUUUCUUGCUAAAACAGGUGUUUGUUCAUUUAUAAUAAACAACUCAUUGCAACUUGA